GUGUGGCGGAUGCUCCAUGGAGGUGAGAAGCCACACCGUGUCCUACCUCGCCUCCCGUGUCCAGCCGGUCCACCAGCCCUACCUCACUCUGUGUCCGGGAAACAGGGUCUGCAGUACAUACAGAACUACCUAUAAAGUCAGCCAUCGCCAGGCUUACCGGAAGAUUUCCCGGCCGGAAUACGUUUGCGGUCCUGAAUGGAAGCAGAGAAACGUGGACGAGUGUGCGGCCGGGAGACACGGCUGCAGCCAGCUUUGCGUCAACACAGCCGGAAGUUACCGCUGCGCUUGCCAUCCAGGGUACGGGCUCCAUGCGGAUGGACAAUCGUGUCAGGCUCUGAAAGUGCCCCCCACCCCAGCUCCUCCAGGUGAGACCGGUGCUGCAGGAAGUGACAACCUUCCCGUUCAAGAGGAAGUGAGAGAGCUGAGAAGCCGGUUGGCAGCUUUGGAAGAAAAGUUCCAGCUCGUUUUGGCACCGUUCCUCAAGCUGGACCUGCCUGGCGCCGGAGAGGGCCCCGGGGCAGGACCCAUCGGCCUGCUGGUCCACGUGAUGCAGCAACUGGACCGAAUAGACUCCCUCAGCGAGCAGAUCUCUUUCCUGGAGGAGCGUCUGGAAACCUGUUCCUGCAAGAACCGGCUCUGA